CGCAUGGCGUCCGACGCCAUCUAACGACUGGCAUUCCUGCUCGCUCCCGCUGGUAAAACCAGGGGCCAUCGUGUCGAAGAAAGCGCGGAACUCUCCCUCGGCUCGCUCCCGCUCUCUGGACUCUUCCUAGUUUCGCGAGUUCGCGCGUCGCGUGGUACCCCCAGCUUCCUCGCGGUAACAACGUCAUGGCGCGAGAGCGCCGCGCGAAAUGAUAGACGCGCGACCGGGCUCCCUGCGUCGUGCCGGCCAAGCGUUCUAAUAGUUGAGUGCGUACGGCCCUCUAACCCGUGUGUGUUGGCACACGCACGAGAGAGAGCAGCGGCGGUCAACCUCCCGGACGGGACCCCACUGGCGGCGGAUUCCUGCGCGAACGGCCGGCCACCCACGGCUCGCACCUCGCGCUGCGAAUAAUACAGGUACAUCUGCAACUUCCAGCCACUCCAUGCUUCCCAUGAAUGCCAUGGCACAGAAAGUGGUACCAGGAUCAGAGUCCGGAUCGAUGAAACCCUUAACAGGGACCGGACUAAGCUAUGUCACCCUACAACCACCCAGUCAACCGCUUAGUCUGGUGCAGGAUCAUAGACCAUCGGUGUACCAGACACCACCUUAUAUCGGUAGCAAUGUGGAGGAACCAGAAACUGAAAAAUUGAUCCCCAAUGGUGUGGAGAUUACAAAGACGGAAACGGAGCAAGAUGUGCCUGCUGUUACAAAACAAACUGAAUCCAAUAGAAACAACAAUUUAAGUCCUGAAAAUCCUGUACAAGAGCAACCAUGUGAAAUACAACCAGAACAAGUUCUGACAUCUUUAAUGGAUUUUCCAUUGAAUACUCCGUUAAGCACACCGGCACAAAAUAAAGUUGAAGAAAAGAAGGCUCCUGUAAAUAACGGAUCAAAAGAAUCAGACGGUAAAGCCGUUAAUACACCUGUACAUAUAAAACAAUCUCCACAUAAACCAGAAGAUGUACAAGCAAAGAAUGAAGUUCCAAAGGCCAAACCUACAAAUCAGAAUUUGAAAGUACCAAACGAUAAUGUUGCUACAACAUUAACUAGUACAUAUAAACCUGACGCAAAAGUCACUACCUCUCCAAAGACAACUAAACGAAAAUCUAGAGAAUUGAAAGAUUUGAAAGCAGCAUCUGCUAUAGUUACUGAUGGAGCAAGUAAACCCAAAAGGAACCGGAUUCAAACGCAACCCUAUCAAAGUCCAUUACCAGAAAUUGCUUUAUUGGUCAAAAGCCUCAAUAAAACUCCAGGUUCUAAAGCUGCUGAUGAUAAACUUAUUGUAUUUUAUAAAAACGAAUUUUUGGCUGUGAGGAAUGCCGAGGGAAGUUUUUAUGUUUGUCAAGCGAUGCAAAAUAUCUACAAAUCAAGCAGACGUAUUCGCAUACGUUGGCUAUCUCAAGAUAAAACCAACGGGGAAUUCUAUUCACCAGAUUUUUAUGAUACCAUAGAUUUUGAUUGUAUAUUAACAAAUCUGAAUCUAAACAAGGUCGACAAGUCUAAAUUCUGGUUAACACGAAUAGAACUGCUACGUACAGAAAAUAUUUUGAAACGAGCUAUCGAUGUUGAGGCUGGAGUCUCUGAAAAACCUCGAGUUACAGAGGAGCAUCCUGAUGGCUUGGAUUUGUCUCUUUACAAAGAUGAGUCGCAGCUGAAGAGAAGAAAAGGCUUGCAUAAUGACAAGCCUCAACGUAAAAAAUCUAAACAAAUCGCAAGUUCUACGGAUGAUGACGCGGACGAUGAAGAAUUGGAUCGAAAUCGAAAAACAUCCAAGACAAGCCGUUCAAAGAAACAAUCGGUUAAUAAGGCAUUGGCGAUUGCCAAAUCCGUCGCGAAAAAUACUAGUAGAGCGGAGAGAGCACUCAACAGAAGCACAAAAUCUGGCAAUAGUUUAGGCAACGAUGUUGUCACUACUACUGCGGUUACAACUACUGCUACCAUCACCACUACUGUUACUGCUGCUCCAGCGAUUACUACCGCUAGCGCUGCUGCUACUGCUGCUGCUAGUGUUACUACUACUAGUACAACAACCGUCAAUCCCACCAUCAACGUUUCCGCGGCAGAUGCCAAAAAUAAUCCAGAAUUGAAGAAAUUGGACUUGAAAAAAAAUGGCAAACAACAAAGUAACAAUAGCAUCAGGGGAAUUCCAAGAACAAAACUCGGAGGUUCUGCUCAAGCUAUACAACACGCCAGUAAAAUGGCAGGGCGUCCGAAGCGCGUAGCCGCUACCACCGGCGUUCUCUCGAGCGAGGAGGCGCCUUCUCCAAGAAAGAAACCGCGCGGUCGAGCAUAAAACUAACUUAACGUUGCUUUUUUAUGCUAUAGUUACAGCUGAGUCUGUAUCGUAGGCAAUAUGUACGUGUGGUACACUUCUUGAAAUUGCAAUCAAUUUGUUAUGUAAUAUAUACAUAUAUACGGAUUUCAAGAUUCUUAAAUGUAUCAUGUGUUGCGAUAAUAUUAUAGUUCAAUGAUACGGGAUCAACGACUUGUAUCUCUGAUUCGUCAAGUCGCAUUUGAAAAAAAAAAGAAAAGUUAAAAGUUAAAGAUAAGAAAAAAAAACUCAGAGAUUUAUGCGAGUGAUAUUGUGAUAUCAUACAAAAUUUGUACAUAUCGUCUACGUCUCAGACUCCUUCAGAAGAAGAAAGUCACGGAAUGUAUGGGAAUGGUACCUUGAGUUGAGUAAUAACUAAUCUACAGGGUGUCACAUACUAAUGCACUCUUGCAAUAGUCUAUUUUUGAUGUUGUGAGUGAACCGUACGUGAUUCAGUUAAUUUUAAUGUACACUUUCCAUUGGAUAUGAAUAUAUACACUAUGUACAAAUAUACAUGUAUGGGAGGGGUGGAAAUUAUAUGUAUUCUGUAAAACAGAAAAAAGAGAGAUUAAGAUACCGAGAAAUGAAAAAUAGUAUCGACAAAGAAAACGAGAAUAAUCCCGAUUAUUACCGAUCUCCCGAGCUAAUCUUCGAUCGAUCGGUAAAGGAUCUCGAAGUACAAUAUAUUACUGUACAUUAUGCUGAAUCCUUGCUGUUAAAAAAAAUAGCACGUAAAAAUGGUCCAGCGCCUAUAUAAAGACAGGCAGAGUAAAGUGCCCUGAAUUGUCUCCUUGUCAAAUCAAGGAUUCGCGAAAGAUUCGCGAAAGAUUCGCGAGCGGAAAGUAGCACGUUGCUUAUAGUUUCUUGAAUGCACUUGCGGCGGCCCAUCAUUGUAAAAUCGCAGGGUUCAUAUUAAAUAAAGAGAGAGAGAGAGAGAGAACGAGCGAGCGAGCGAGCGAGCGAGAGAGUGGUGCCACAUUAUUACGAUUUAGCCACAUAGAUGUAAUUCUAGAAGAAGUGAAUGAAAGAGAGCACUUAUUUAGAACGCUAAGUCUUGAAUCCAAUUGUAUAAAUUUUUGAUUUAUUUUUAUGUACGUGUUAAUUUUAAUUUUUUUUUCGUCAUUUAUAUCGAAUGACGAAGUGUAUAUUUGAUAAUAUACAUUAGACGA